AUGGGUCUGGUUCCGAUCGACAAAAUCAACUGGAAUCUGCUGCCGGUAAGUCCGGAGCAGCGGCGCCAGCAGGCCUUCACGGCGGUGGACGGGAUGGCGACGCCGAGUCCCUCGCUGGGAGGAGACUCGUUGAAGAAGAAGAUUCAACAUCGAUUUCUGGACACUUCGGAGGAGAUUUUGUAUAAUGGAGUGUUGCUGCGAGGGAGAUGCUUCGGGACCGGGAAAUGCUUCAUGUUUUUGACGACAAAACCGCGUGCGAGGAGUGGAAAGCUGGAGCUGAAUAUUGGUAUUAAAGAGAUAGCGAAUGUAAAAUAUGUGACUGAUAAGAGCUUUUCUUUUGAAGAUAUUAAUAAUAAGACUUACUAUUUCCGCGCCGCUCAUGGGGAUGUCAAGAUGUGGUACGAAAUUGGAAUGAGUGAAGAACCAGAGAAUUAUUUCUUUGCGGAACGUAUCCUUCCUGGAAAAACUCUUGAUGUGGCACUGAUUUGCCGAUCCUUGAAGUUGACAAGUGUUGCUCUUUCUGCUUUACCCAAGAGCAAGAGUAUUGUGUGUGUAAAAGCCACAGUGGAAGAUAAAACAAUCCCGAUUGCCUAUCUAUCAAGAAAAAGGCCGCAGCAGUGUGUCAACAUCGAGUUAAAGCCUCAACAAAUGUCGAUUUCGCUUCAAUCUACGGGAGAUCUUCCUGUUGAUAUAAUCGGAUACGUUCAUGAUGUCGAUGUAGCAAGUUUGGCAGCCAUUCGAAAACAAAUCAUGACCUCACCUCCGAGCGGACCUUCGUUUGAUCCUUUUGAUGUAAGUGGAUUCAGCCAACUUGGAGAAUACAUCCGAUUUAAAGAUGUGAAAAUCGGCUCUGGACUGGUUCCAAUGCGUGGCCAAACUGUCCUUUUAUCCUAUAAAUUGAAGCUGCCUAGUGGAGAAGAGAUCAAUUCGGAUAUAAAAGCGGAUCGUUCUCACCUUCCCAUAAAACGAAAAAUACCUGUUGCGGUGGCUAAAGUGUGUCCCGGGGUAGACAAAGCUCUACGGACGAUGAGAGAGGGGGGAGAGAGAAUUGUCGUCAUUCGUCCUGAAAAUGGAUACGGGGAAAAGGGAUAUUAA